AUGCCUGGCCUUCGCGGGGCGGCGGCGGGGGGCUCUCCGCUGGGGCUCCUCUCCUGCUUCUGCUUCUGCUUCUUCCUCCUCCUCCUCCUCCUGCUGCCGGGACCCUCCUCCGCCCGCUAUGAGCCCACCUGGGAGUCGCUGGACUCGCGCCCGCUCCCAGCCUGGUUCGACGGCGCCAAGCUGGGCAUCUUCAUCCACUGGGGCCUCUUCUCCGUGCCCAGCUUCGGGAGCGAGUGGUUUUGGUGGUAUUGGCAGAAAGAAAAGAGAGACGCCUAUGUAACAUUCAUGAAGAAAAACUACCCUCCUGGAUUCACAUACGAGGAUUUUGGCCCUUUAUUUACAGCUGAGUUUUUUGAUGCCAACCAAUGGGCAGAUAUUUUUAGUGCUUCUGGUGCCAAAUACAUUGUUUUGACUUCAAAACACCAUGAAGGUUUUACUUUGUGGGGAUCGAAAUAUUCAUGGGCUUGGAAUUCUGUUGAUGUUGGACCAAGACGUGACAUUGUGGCUGAGUUAGCCUCAUCCAUUAGAAACAGGACUACCUUACACUUUGGGCUAUAUCACUCCCUGUUUGAAUGGUUCAAUCCUCUCUUUCUUGACGAUGCUGCCAGCAUGUUCAUGAAAAAUCAGUUUCCAUAUCACAAGACCCUCCCGGAGUUGUAUGAAAUUGUGAACAAGUACCACCCAGAGAUCCUGUGGUCAGAUGGAGAUGGGGAUGCUCCAGACACCUAUUGGAACAGCACUGGCUUCCUAGCAUGGCUUUAUAAUGACAGCCCUGUUCGGGACAAAAUUGUUACAAAUGAUCGCUGGGGAGCUGGCACUAUUUGUAAACAUGGAGGAUAUUAUACUUGCGCUGAUCGAUACAAUCCAGGACACCUUUUGUCUCAUAAAUGGGAAAACUGCAUGACAAUUGACAAACAGUCAUGGGGAUACCGUAGGAAUGCACAGUUUAGUGAUUACCUGACGAUUGAAGAGCUCAUUAAGGAACUUGUGGAAACAGUAUCGUGCGGGGGAAAUCUCUUGGUGAAUGUUGGGCCUACUCACGAUGGUCGUAUUCCUGUCAUUUUUGAAGAGCGUCUGAGACAGAUGGGGACCUGGUUGGCAAUAAAUGAGGACGGCAUUUUCAACACUAAACCUUGGAGAGCCCAGAAUGAUAGUUGUACUCAUGGAAUAUGGUACACUUUCAAACCAAAUGAAGAUAUUGUAUAUGCCAUUUUCUUUAACUGGCCAACUUCAGGAACUCUAAUGCUUGGUGAACCAAGGGGUGUUCUUGGGAAGACAAAGGUGGCACUGCUAGGAUAUGCAGAAUCAUUGCCAUGGUUUCCUUUGGAGAAAAAGGGAAUAAUAGUGGCUAUAUCUCAGUUAUCAUUUAAUAAGUUUCCACAUCGGUGGGGCUGGACUCUAGCAAUAACUCAUGCUUCUUAGUCAAGAACAGACUUCGAUCUAUCAGACUUUUUUGUGGAUAAUCAAUCCCACAACACUAUUAUGUGUGUUUGUAUGUGUGUGUGUGUGGCGGGGUGUAGGAUCAAGAUAAUUAAUCUGAAAUAGAAAAGAUGUAAUGCAUUGACCUUGGUCCAUAGUCAACCUUUCCAAACACAUUUCAAAGUAAACCCCGAUGACUUACUUACAGCACAUAUCAAGAAUGGCCAGGUUAUGAAAUUACAUAAAACAAUGGUGUGCUUGAAUUUUAGAGGUUCACAAAAGAAGUAGAGAAAGUCAAUUUUUCAUAAUGUUGGGAUUGCUGCAGAAUUUUGGACAAAAGCAUUUGGAUACAAUUUCUCACCUAUUGUGUGUCAAAAUAAACUUGGUGCGCUUAAUUCUUUGUAUGUCGAUGUGUAGGUUUUAGUUCCUAAAAAAAUCCAAGCCCUCAUAGAAUCCUGUUAUUGUCUACACAGAAGCUAAAAGUUUCAUGAGGUUCAGUGGAAUUUGCUCCUGUGUCUGUGAUUGCAGCCUUAAUCUUGUAAAAAAAAAAAAGGAAUGAGAUUUUAUCAUACCUAAUUCCCUUCAUCAAUUGAAAUGAAAGCUAUUGAACCAUAGCGGUAGAGGGAUCCAUAGGGGAUCAUGUAGCCCAGCUCCUGUCAGAAUACACAACCAAAGUACACAAACUGUAUAUGAAAACUUCAGAGGGUAGGUUCACCAUUCUCCCAAGCAGUCUAGUCCAUUAUGGAGCAGCACUUGCCAGGUUUGUCUAAAAUUCAGUUUGGGAGUAGGUAAGUUGUAUCUGCUAGUCAGUAUUUUAGUUCCUGGAGCAGCAGAAAACAGGACCAGUCCAGCUUCUAAAGAAACCUCUUCAAAUAUUAAAGAUAGCAUAUCACAUUUUUUCUCCAAGCUAUACAUUUCCAACUCCUCAUAUGGCUUGGUUUCAGAUAUUGUACCAUGCUACUCCUCCAUCUCUGGACAUAUUUCAGUUUGUCAAUAUCCUAACUUGAAUUAUGGUGUCCAGAAAUAGAUAGUAUUUUAGAUAAGAUCUGAUGAAAGCUGAACAGAGUGGGAUUAUGACUUCCCUCAAUCUAGACUCUGUACUCUCAAUGCUGUCUAGAAUUGCAUUGGCUUUUAAAACUAUUCAAUCACACUCGACUCAUGAUUAGCUUGUGUUAAGACUGGCAAUGCUUUUUACAUGUAUGGCUGUCAAGCCAAGUGUUACCAAUCCUGUUUUUGUGCAUUUCAGUUCUGUUGAGGUUAUUUAACACAUUAGUUCCUCUUAAUUUGGUAUUAUCUGCAAACAUAAAUAUGUGCUUUAUCACAUCAAACAGAAUUUACCAGUUCCAUAGCAGUCACUUUUCUCCAGGAUGAAGAGGAUAGAAAUGCUUUCAGUUCACUUUGUUAACCAAUUAUAAUUAUCCUAAGAGGAGCAGGUUCUAGCCCAUGUUUUAUAAGUUUGUCAGCAAGAAUAUCUAGGGGACUGAAUUAGAACUAUAUUGGAAGGUCAGUGGAAUAAGCACUGUGUAUAAGGUCUAACUGUGGCAACUACUGUACACAAGUUACAAUUUCUUUGUAUGUGCUAAUUGCUGUAGCACUGGAUUUUCAAGUAAGAGUUUCAAUAUAUCUUUUGUACAGCUCAUUUGGGUUGUGAUUUUUUCAAGACUUUUUAUAAUGUUGAUGAUUUUGUUCAUGUAUUUUCUUAAACCGGAGUAAGAACAAUUGAGCACUGGAACUGUGCCCUCAAAACUGAAAUGUCCUUCUGUGAAGAAAUAUGGUACAUCAAAGCAAAGCUAAAAAUAAUUUAAACACUUCUUUUUGGAAUUUUGAAAUGGCCUGUAUUUCUUUUCUUACAAAAAUGAAACACUAUUUUCCCAUUGCAAAAAAACAAAACAAAAAAACAAACAAACCAUAAACAGGAACUAUGGCAUUAUUUGGGAUGUUUACUGUUUACACACACACACACACUUUUAAAAAUAGUUUAUUUUUAUUUAAAUGUUUAAUUGGGUUCCAAUCAAUACAAGUUAAAAAUAUUUACAAAAAUGAAUGUGUACAGCAGUAGCUGUUUGUAAACAGCAUAGACAUAUUUUCUAGAAACAUUCGCCCAAUUCUGCAACAGAAGAACAUUAUUGAGCAUUGCACUAGUCAAACAGGUCUUUAGUUUAUGUGUUCAGCUCUAGAGGCUCCAAUCUAGAGAGUUUAAAGCAUAGAAAGCAGUAUGUUCCUCAAAAACACUUUCUAUAUUCAGUUGGCCAGGAGAACUGAAGGAGGUGAGAUAGUAGGUGACCAAAAGAACUGACUGCAAACUGCUCGCUUUCUUUUAAUAUAAUAGAAAAUGAGCAUUUGAUUUUUCACAGCUUGAGUAGCUGUAGAAAGAACAUACAGGCCAAAUUAUGUGUUGAACAACUGAUGUUUAUUACGAAAGUAAACUUAAAUGUUGCUCCUGCCAAUGGUUCCAAGCUCUUUUGCUUGAAUACUGUUUCAUCCAAUGCAAAUCCUGCUGUGUUCUGUUACUGCUGAUUUUUUAAUGGAAGAUUGUUUCAUAGGCCAUGCAGUUCUUAUAUCAGGGAAAUACUAGCAAAACAUCACCUCUUUUCUUCCUCACCCACCCUCUCUAUUGAAGAAUAGAAGCCUGACUUUGUUGUCUUGUUUUUUAAAGAUAUAUAUCCAGCAAGUUGUUCAAUAGCCAAGAGUACCUCCAUAUAAAGGCAUUGAAAUUAUUUUUUCCAAUAAAAUUUUACCUGUCAGUUGUAAUUUUUAUCAAUAUACAAUGUAGAAUUUGCAUUUCUUUAGAAUGUUUUUGUUGGCCUAAUAAUCCUACAUUUUUUUGAUAAAGAGAUUUUUUAAAUAAAGUAUUCACAGUGAUUAAGCACUACUAUUUGUAUCACA